UUAUAUAUGAACUCAGUUACAGACUUUGAGUCAGUAUAUGAUUUAUUGUCUCGACAAACUAGAGUUAGGCACUAUUAAGUGUACGUAGUUGCAUAUAUUGAUGAAUUAUUCAAAAGUACCAGUUAUUCUAAAAUGCUACGAGUACUUCAGUUAAUGAGGGAUGACAAGGGCACAAUUAUUAAUAACAAUACUUCUUUUUCCCGGCUUCUAACGUCUCCGGGAUGGAUUUUCAGAAGUUUAGCACUGCAAGCCUGGGACACUUUGUCCCAUCCCGCAAAAUACGAUUGGCUGCCAAGUAUCCAAUUUACAUAAACGUAACAAUAAAAUGGCCCAAAAGAAACGAGGUUUGAAUACUUUCAAGAUUUGGCUAGUGUAGGCAAGUGUAGUCAGAAUUUGAGCUGAGAGAGCAUUCGCGGUAACCCACUACGGAAAAGGCCGAUCUUUCAAACGGAUUCUCGUUCAAAAGUGGACAGAAUAACCUGGGCCAAUGAUGACCAGUAAAAUAGGCAAAAAUACAUUUACUGCUCCAUUCCCCGGACACCCUUGCCGCCGCCGCCUCCUCCUCCUCCUCCUCGUACUUUUAACCACCCCGAGAGCCGACGGCUUAACAGCCAAGUACUCCAUCUCCGAGGAGGAGCCGCCCGGCACCGUGGUCGGAAACCUGGCGGCAGACCUGCAGCUGGAAGCGGCGGGCAGCUUCCGCCUGAUGCAGAAGUCCAACUGGUCUCUAGUGGAAGUCGGCGAGAACGACGGGCAGCUGACGGUCGGGGGCCGCAUCGACCGGGAGCAACUGUGCCGCCAGCAGUCGGGAGCCGAGCCGUGCCUGUUGCUCUUCGACGUGGUGAACUUGUCCGGGGACAAGUUCGUGCUGAUUCGCGUCGAGCUGCGAGUGCGGGACAUCAAUGACCACGCCCCCGUGUUCGGGCGCUCGGAGCUGCGGGUGGAAAUCAGCGAGAGCUCGGCGCCGGGCACUCGCGUCCCGUUAGAGGCGGCUCUCGACGCCGACGUGGGCGCCAACUCGCUGCAACAGUACCGGCUGUCGCCGAGCCGCCCUUUCGCGCUGGAGCUGCGCAGCGGCGCCGACGGACUCGCUCACGCCGAGCUGGUGCUGGUCGAGGCGCUGGACCGCGAGAGCCAGGCGGAGUUCGUGCUGCAGCUGGAGGCCGCGGACGGCGGCGACCCGCCGCGGACCGGGGCGGCCCGGCUCCGGGUCCAGGUGCUCGACUCGAAUGACAACAGCCCGGCUUUCCAGCGUAGCUCGUUCACGGUGGAGCUGCGGGAAGACGCGCCGCCCGGCUCGUCGCUGCUCCAGCUGGAGGCUGCCGACCCCGACCUGGGCCUCAACGGCGAGGUGGUCUACAGCUUCAGCCCGCAGCUGCCCGCUCCCAUCCGCCGCCUCUUCAGCCUCGACGCGCAGACGGGCUGGCUAAGCCUGGCCGGGCCGCUGGACCGAGAGAGCAGGGCGAGCUUCCGGCUGGAGGUGCGCGCCCACGACCGCGGGGUCCCGCCAAGCGCCGCCACCGGCUGCACCGUCACCGUGCGCGUCCUCGACGUCAACGACAACGCGCCCGAGAUCGGCAUCGCGCCGCUGGCCCCAGGCGGCGGUGGCAGCCUGGCCCACAUCAGCGAGGCGGCGGCGCCGGGCAGUCUGGUGGCGCUGGUCAGCACCUCGGACAGGGACUCGGGAGCCAACGGCCGCGUCUCCUGCUCGCUCUCCGGACACGAGCACUUCGAGCUGCGGCCGGCCUACGGCUCCAGCCACAUGGUGGUGACGGCGGCGCCGCUUGACCGUGAGCGGGCCGCCCAGUACAACCUGACGCUGCUGGCCGAGGACCUGGGCGCCGACCCGCGCCGCACGGUGCGCACCCUGACCGUGCGCCUGACCGACGAGAACGACAACGCGCCCGCCUUCUCCCGCCGCCUCUACCGAGUCUCUGUGCUGGAGAACAACCAGGCCGGCACCUACCUGACCACCGUGGUGGCCCGCGACCCCGACCUGGCCGACAAUGGCCGGGUCACCUACCGCUUGCUGGGACCCGGCUCGGCCCUGGCCUCGGUAGACCCGGCCACCGGCGCCAUCUACGCGCUGCGCUCCUUCGACCGCGAGUCGCUGCCCGAGGCCCAGCUCUUGCUGCAGGCCACCGACGGCGGUUCUCCGCCGCUCAGCAGCUCGGCCACCGUCCUCCUCACCGUGGCCGAUCGCAACGACAACGCGCCGGUCAUCACGCACCCGCCGCCGGGCAACGGCUCCUGCUGCGUCAUCACGCUCCCUCGCGACGGCGGCGCCGGUUACCUGGCAACGCGCGUGCGGGCCCGGGACGCCGAUGAAGGGGCGAACGCGAAGCUGAGCUUCCGGCUGCUGAGCGGCUCCCAGGCCGGGCUCUUCACCAUCGACAGCGGCACCGGCGAAAUCAAGCUGGGCCGCCGGCCGCUCGGGCUCGGGCCCGAGGCCCUGCGGCUCGUCGUGGCUGUCAGUGACAGUGGCUGGCCCGCCCUGUCCGCCACCGCCACUCUGCAGUUGGUGGUGGCGGCGGCCGAAGCUGCCGGGGGCAACGCGCCGCUGCGGCCGGAGAAGCGGAGCUGGGACACAUCGUUAGUGGUCAUCGUGGUGCUGGCGGGCGGCUGCGCGGCCCUACUCAUGGCCAUUGUUCUAAUCGCCACGGCCUGUGGGAGAGUCAGCAAGCCGGUGGAGUGGGAGGAAGCCCAGCUACCGAAGGGCAGGUUCGCAGUGAGGAUCGGCGCCUCCGGAGAUGGCCGAUAUGAUGGUACCACGGCACCGGAGCUCGCCGGAGGCGGAGUGAAGGUGUUUCCGACCGUGGGGAGUCACACAACCACCAAGCCGCAGCAUUUCUCUCCCACCUCUGGGUUUGGCCAAACACUUCAUCCCGUCGCAAUCUGGCAAGGCAAACAGUUUGCUUUCAGUAAAAGCGAACUUGCAAAUCAAACUCAGGACAGAUUCAGUGGAAAAGACAGUGGGAAAGGAGACAGUGACUUCAAUGAUAGUGACUCUGAUAUCAGCGGUAUCGGCCUAAGCAAAAGCAAUGCACCUAGUCAGAAGCAAAAUGCAGGUUUACCGUCCUGCACCAGUGAAUGCAAGCUCCUCGGCCACUCGGAUCGCUGCUGGAGUCCAUCUUCUCAAGGGCCAAAGUCUUAUUCAUCCACAGGCACAGCUGAACACCUCAACACUUUUGGGAAAAGCACUUCAGUCCCGCGUGAACACCUCCGAAAAGACACUUACUACCAAGCACUUUUACCAAAAACAGCAGGCCUGCAAAGUGUGUAUCAGAAGGUUACCUGCAAUGAAUCAGAAACUGUAACAUCUGUUAUUGUACCACAAUUUCAUACUGUGGGAUUAAACAGUCACAGCUCAAGAUUAAUACCUCACUGAUCAAUAUAACACUGAGCAUAUUCCACACGCUUUUAAAAUUAUUGAAUUUGUGCAAUAUAUUGAUAGUAUACAUAAUAUAAGUGUUAUUUUAUAAUUAUACAAACUAAUUGAUUCUAUGUUUUUUGUAUAAGUUUGUAUAAAUACAAAACAUAAAAAUGAAUGUAAAUGUAAGUUAAUGCUACUUUAUAUAUAUUUUUUAAAGUUCCCUAUUGUCUGGAACAUAGUUGUUAAUUCCACCUUGUAUGAAAUGUAGUUGCUAAAUUAUUGGAUUAGCAGCCAGAGUUCGGAACCAUUAAUCCAGAUGCAUGGACUUGAAUCGCCCAUGGCAACUAGGAAUUUAAAUUCAGGCUAUUAAAUGAAUUUGGAAUUAAAUGCUAGUCUCAGAAAAGGUAACUGAAGCUACUGGAUUGUCUGUCAUUGAAAUCCAGCUGGUUCAGUAAAGACAUUUAGAGAAGGAAAUAUGUAAUUCUGACCCAAUAUAGCCCAUGCAGUAUUUAAGAUUGUGUUUGACUUUUAAAUACCUCUUUAGGAUGGGGGCAAUUAGGAGUGAAUAAUAAAUGCUGGUAUGGAUCCAACAAAUAAAUAUAAAUGAAUUAUGUUUUGACUUUUUUUGUGUUAAUAGUGCAGAAUGUACAGAUUUUUAAAUAAUUCAUACAAACAUGUUAAUAAAAUUUGGAAGCUGUUUAUAUACACUGCAGUGAAUGUAUUAUGAAGCUACAUUUGUAUAUAUAGUGGCAGUACAUCAAUUUCUACAGCAAGUCUGGAUCUUAAAUGUCAUGAAAUUACCUGAAGUUAACUUCAAAGAACAAUAGAAAUGUUAAGGAUAUAUACUAUAAUUCAUCCAUAAAUCAAGUAUAAUGGAUAGAUGUAUGAGGUUUUGUUGUAAAAAGCAACUUUUAGGACAGUAUUUUAUUAAAGUUGGAAACUUAAAGAUUUUAAUAAAGAACAAACCAGAUCAAUAGCUGAAAACUCAAGUGCUAGUUUCUUAUUGUGGGAGGAUUGAAGUUCAAAUGACCAAUAUAUGCCCAGGUAAUCUGAACCUGAAGAAUUAGUUUCUUCAACGCUUGAUUAGAUCUAACAGGAACCCAAUGAAUAUUGGUCAUGGUCUGGUUGAGUAUCCAGACUCCAAGUACUGGGUUUUAUGAGCAGCUGUCAUGAUCCUUAAGCCUAAAGGCUUACAUAACCAUUCACAACUUCGCGUCCCACUGGACUUGGGUGUGUUAGCUCCAAUUCUGAAUUUAACUCACCUCUGCAUUCUGUGCAUGUGCGGUUAUUCUUGUCAUUCUCCACUACUCCACCACCCAGCUGUAAUUCUCCAUAGAAUCAGUACAAGCAAAACAAUCACUUUGCUAUUUUCCAAGAUCUAAAAUGAACGCCAUUUUUGCUUGAGCUGGACAACAAUGACAGAAAUCCUUCCCAAAGAUACAUUACAGAACAAAAAUUUCAAGCUGCAUGUGAUUUGAACUGAGCAUUUUAAAAUGUUACAAUCCAGAUCCCUUAAAUUAUUUAUUUAGUAAUAAAUCCACUAUGUUGAUAUAUAUAUAAUGUGAUGAGUCCUGUAUACAUUCUGGGAGAAGAAGUUGUGGUGGAGGAGUACAAAUACUUGGUGUUCACCUCAACAACAGACUUGACUGGAAAGCCAACACCAAGGCUGUUUACAAAAAAAGAGGAUGAGCAGACUAUUUUCUAAAGAAGCUGGGAUCCUUCAAUGCAUGCUGCAGGAUGCUGGAGACCUUUUACCAGUCUGUUGUAGCAAGUGCAGUCUUUGCAGCUUUAUGCUGGGGAGCAGCAUUGGUGCUGGUGUUGCAUAAAGACUAAAUAAACCCAUCAAAAAGGCUGGACUGUCCUUGACUACAACCCAGACUCUUCUGAGUUAGUGGUGGAGAGGAGGUCACUAAACAAUCUAUUAUCCAUUAUGGACAAUCAGGCACAUCUUCUCCAUGAUCUACUGAAUAAGCAGUGGAGCACCCUUUCACCCUUUCGGCUCUGCUAUCACAAGGAUCGUUACAGAAAAUCUUCCCUAGCAAAUGUAAUAAGCAUAUACAACAGUUCAUCUCUGCAUGACAGGAGAAUACACACUGUAGUACAAUAGUCUGUUUUAUUAUUUUGUAUAUUAUUGCAGAUUGGUAAAUUAUUAUUAUUCUGUACUUUAUUAUUAGUUAAGUCUGCACACUGCUAAGUGUGUUUUUAAAUUUACUGCUGUAAUGAAAUAACUUCCCACCCGGA